AUGCAGUUACUCAGAGCAGAUGAUAGCACUGAAGAUUUGGUAGAGGCCAGAGGCCAUGGAGAGACUGCCAGGAAAGAAGAUAUACAAAAAUUCAGCAAAAGGAAUGUUUGUCCUUUGGCUUCUGGGGGACAUGGAUUCUUUGGCAUUUGUCAAAAUAUGUUAUUGCAGAAGGAAGCGCGAGGCUAAUACUGAUGUUGGAAUGCAUGGUUGGGAGACAGAGGGAGUUUUGAUAUGUUUCUAUUAUGGGGAGGACUCUGAAUUCAUGGGAACAAAAUUGUUAGAGUGUCAGAGGUACUCUAAGAGGCUGAACGAGAAACAGAUUGUUAUGCAGACUGUUCAUCACAGUGCUUACCAUGAACACCAUUAUGCCACAGAGUUGGAAUUAAAAUCAGUGAAAAGCUUGCUUGGGUUGAAGCUCAUUCGUUGUGCACCAUUAUGCCAUAGAGUUGGAUUCCCCCUGAAUAUUAUGCUAAUGUUGCUGCCUUUCCAAGCUUAUCUUUUGGAGCCGAGACAUCUGACACCAGAUCAAUGACAAGCGGUGCUCGUGCAGGUGUGGACGCAUGGGAGGAAGAGCGGGUAUACUAGGCAUGCAGGCAUCAGGUCUGAAUACUGCUGUUAGGCCCCUGCCUGCAGACUAUUUAAUGCAUGAUUACAAUGAUUAUAGAAGGGCUAUUCUUCAUCUGCAUUGCUAUAUAUCAAGGAGUUAGGCAUAUAUGUUCAAAUUCUUCAUUAUCACCUUUUCCCAAUCACUUUUGCUAUGCUCUAAAACAGAAUAUAGUCUUAAUGAGUUUAGAUUUUUAAAGUUUCAACUUGAGAAGGAAGAAAGUUAUUUCUUA